ACGGGUUUUAUUGCAAUGUUUUUGUUAAAACAUUAAUCUAAGGAGGAUUUAUUAUUAUUUGGCUUAGCGCUAAUAUUUUGUAAAUAAAUAAAAUGUAUGGUGAAGUUGCAGAUAGCGCCGAAGUUGAGAAGUAGAUGGCCAGAUAAUAAGAUAACAAUACAUUUCUUCAAAGAGCGAGUCGAUUAAAGGAUGAUCGGUAUUAGUAUUAAAAUGUGAACAACACAGUUUCGAACAUGAUUAAGGUAUUCUCUCGUUUGUCGGACAUGAAACUACCACCUAUCGGCAGGUUACUCAGUUGGGGGCCUUUAACGAUUUUAAGUAUUAUGAGCUUUCUCACAUACAUGGUGUUCUACUUUGCGGAAAUGUGGUGGGUGCCCACGGAGAGUGUGGGUGGAAUGAUCCACAUAUCCGUGUACUGUUUAAUGACUGCAGGCUCACUGUACUGGUUCUUCACUGCCUCCUUCACUGGACCUGGCUGUGUGCCUAAAGGGUGGACACCUCCAAAUGAUGCAGCUUUUGACUACCUGUCGUAUUGCAACACUUGUAAAGCGUACAAAGCCCCAAGAUCACUCCAUUGCAAAAAAUGCGGUUUCUGCGUGAAGAAGCUAGACCACCAUUGUCCGUGGAUCAACAUCUGCGUGGGUCACGACAAUCACUUGUAUUUCGCGAUUUUCCUCAUGUUCACAUUGCUGGGGUGUUUCCAAGCUGCUAUUGUACUGACAAUUUGCCUCUACCACGCAAUCAAUCGCAACUGGUACAUCCACGAGGGCCAGGAGCCCGUGAUAAACUUGUCGUCUUCCAGUCUCAUGUUAGCUAUGUUCGCGACGGGACUGGCUAUCGGAGCGGUGGUGGCUGCGGUGUUCUUGCUUCACGGACAGAUAACAGGAUUCAUCAAGAACUACACGGAAGUCGAAGGCUGGGUGUUACAGAAGGCUAAGUACAGGCGGAGGGCCGCGGGUUUGCCUGCCUUCGUGUACCCCUACGACUUGGGUUGGAGGGAGAACAUCAAACUGUUGCUGGCUAAAGACUUCGACGGCUUGUGGUGGCCAGUUCGCAAGGGAUGCAGCCCCAAAGAAAUGAUGGAUGAGCAAAAAGCCCAGAAGCAAGACAGAGAGAAUCGUCACUUCGUUUGCAACGUCAGCGACGAGUACAACGGCAGCUGUGUGCCGGUGACCACUUACACUCGCGCGUCUCUGACUCCGCCUUUGAACCUGGCGCCGCGGAUACCACUGUGCGUCGGCGAGACCGUGCGCGUGUUUAUCGAUGGACCACAAUGGCUGUUCGGAGUGAAACUGACAGCCGAUGGCAAAGAGAGCGGGCGACGCGGAUACUUCCCGCGGGCGGCCGUCUACACAGACGCAGAUUUGGACGAAGCACAGAUAAACACAACCAACACUCACAAAACAAAAGCUGCAUAGAAUGUCUCAACGAGUUAUAUUAUUUUCUAAAGUUAUCUACAAUGUUCCGACUCUUUUACGCCUGAAAUUAAUCAAUCUAACCCAAAAUCUUCCGAUCGUAAAGUAAAUUUAGAGAUUUCCAAAAAACUUUGCAAUUUAAAAUGUUUUUUUUUUAAACUGUUGAAUUUUUAUUAACUUUUCUAC